AUGGUUCUUGCUAGAGCGAUUCUGGGAGUGUCGCUCGCUUAUGCAACAAAUCAGCUGACAGACGAUGAAGAUUUCGGAAAUCGAGGGGAGGCUUCGGGCGACUACGACCUUGACCGCGAAUACGACGAGAUCCCCGAAGCUUCCGGUGACUUUCAGCCGAUCACUAAUCAAGUACUCAACAACCCAAAUGCCAAGUCGGCUGAAAUGGAUGAGCCGAAGAAUAUCUUGAACGCCCUCGAAGACGACCUAGCAGCCGCCGAGCAAGAGCCAAAACUGUUUUUAGCCCUUACUCUUGGUGUCGCUUGUUUAUGUUGCCUGACCCUUCUUAUACUUCUAGGCUGCCAUAGAAAACAUGGAAUAUCAGCAGAUCAGCAGCAUGAAGUCGCUUUUGAAAUGGCAGCAUCAAACAUUCGUUUUGGUGAAGGUGUAACGAAGGAGGUCGGAUUCGAUUUGAAAAAUAUGGGGGCGAAUAAGGUUUUGGUCUUUACGGAUGCGAAUUUGGCGAAGCUGGAGCCGAUGCGAGUUGCGCUUGAUAGUUUGACGAAGGCACAGGUUCCGUUUGAGGUUUAUGAUAGAGUUUUGAUUGAGCCUACAAAUGAAUCGAUGGAAGACGCCAUUGCCUUCACAAGAAACAACAACUUCGACGCAUUCCUCGCAGUUGGCGGUGGAAGCGUCAUGGACACGGCCAAAGUCGCCAAUUUGUACAAAGUCUAUCCCGAAGCUGACUUACUCGACUUUGUCAACGCUCCGAUUGGAAAAGCGCUCCCCGUUCUGAGAGCUCUUCAUCCACUUAUUUGCGUCACGACAACUGCUGGAACUGGAUCUGAAACGACGGGAGUGGCGAUCUUCGAUCAUGUUCCUCUUCAAGCAAAAACGGGCAUUGGAAAUCGAGCGAUUAAACCGACUCUGGGGCUGAUUGAUCCACUGCAUUUGAAGCACACGCCAAAGAUGGUGACUUCCUUCACUGGCUUCGACGUCCUCUGCCAUGCUUUGGAAAGCUACACCGCGAUUCCCUUCAAAUCUCGCCCUGCUCCUUCUGAUCCCAAGUUCCGCCCCGCCUACCAAGGUUCCAACCCCGUGUCCGAUAUUUGGUCUCUCCAUGCUCUCCGAAUGUGCGAAAAAUACUUCUACAGGGCUGUCGCUGAUCCGGAAGACAUCGAAGCUCGUGGAGCUAUGCACCUUGCUUCUGGCAUCGCUGGAAUCGGUUUCGGCAAUGCGGGGGUUCAUCUUUGCCACGGCUGCUCGUAUCCGAUCUCUGGCAUGAUCAAGGGCAGGGGAUACACGCCGGAAGGAUACGAAAGCUGCGGAAAAGACCUUGUUCCCCACGGAUUGUCAGUGACGAUUACUGCGCCAGAAGUGUUUAAAUUCACAGCUCCAGGAUGUCCAGAUCGGCAUCUAGAGGGAGCCAGAGCCUUGGGAGCAGAUACAAGAGGAAUCAAACAAGCUGAUGCGGGGUUUUUUCUCGCUGAUACAGUGAAGAAAUACAUGUACGACUUGGGCUGCCCGGAUGGGUUAGGAGCCAUGGGAUUCGAUUCUUCUGAUGUUGAUCAAUUAGUCACUGGCACGCGUCCGCAAGAAAGAGUAACAAAGCUCGCUCCAAGACAGUUCACGCCUGAGGAUCUCGGCAACAUCUUUUCCAAUUCAAUGAAGAAUUACUAA